AUGGCCGAUAGUAACGCCGCCUCAUGCCCUUUCUGUCCUUUUACAGACUCCGACGCUAAUUUUGUGUCCCAACAUAUUGAGUUCUGCCACCCAGAAACUGGGGUAACGGGUUUUCUGCAGGAAACCCCGCAAGAGUUCGCAACCCAAAUCUCGGCUUCACUACCAGAGGACGAGGAGGGCGCAGACAAAUAUGUCAACUGUCCACAUGAAUGUGGUGAGAUGAUAAAAAUUGCCGAGCUCUCAAGUCACCUGGAUCUGCAUGCUGCAGAGGCCAUGGCCCUGGAUGAUUUCGGGGCCACUUCGGCACGCUCAACUGCAGACGUACAUGACCAUGGGUAUGACGGACUCUUUGACGAGGAUUCCCUCGACAUACUCGACUCUCACAAGGGAGGCAAGCGUGGGAUGCAACGAGACUCCUCGCGAGUAAACACUGCGAAGCCACCGCGGCCUCACAGUCCGCUAAGGACGACCAAUGCCGAUGGGAUUAAGAGAUUAGGGCGCUCUGAAUUGGGCCCCCAUGCCCAUGAGAAGAAAAUGCCAUCAUGGCUAAAGAAAAUGCUGGAAAAGGGCGGGAGCAUCUCAAAACAAACCCAAAUCACAUCGGAUGGGAAAUUCACACGGCGCGAGACUGUAGAAAAUGAGACGGAUCAUCUGAUUCCUGUUCUUACUCGGCUGUGUGAACAGGACAAAUCCGUCCAACGGGCAUUCUUCUGUAGCCCCAAAGUCCGCCAUAUCUGCAAGAUGCGCCGGGAAGGCGGGUUUUGUGGCUAUCGCAAUAUUCAGAUGAUGGUUUCUUGGCUGAAAAAGUCCCGUGGCUUUGGCCAUGAGCACUUCCCAAAUAAGGGGCCGACGAUCCUCGAGCUACAAGAUAUGAUUGAAUCGGCCUGGGAUAUGGGGUUCAAUAGUUCUGGAAGAGCUGAGACAGGUGGUAUCAAAGAUACGCGCAAAUUUAUUGGAACACCUGAAGCACAAGCACUUUUCAUGAGCCUAGGGAUCCCAUGUGAAGCCAGAAGUCUCUCAGAGAGUAGCGACCUACGGGCUUGUGAUGCUCUUUACAUUGAUGUCGCCGACUAUUUUCGAUCAGCGUGCUCACCAGAAGACGAGACGAAGAUCGUUCAGACUGAUCUCCCGCCGAUAUACUUCCAGCACCAAGGUCAUUCUAUGACAAUCAUCGGGUUUGAAAUACGAGACAACGGCAGCGCAAAUCUGCUGGUAUUCGAUCCCAUGUUCAAGACUUCCCCUGCAAUGGAGCGUCUGAUCGGAGCGUUUGUCAAGCCUUCGGAUCCCACUCGUCUUCUCAAAGCAUAUCGCAGAGGAACGCCUUACCUGCAAAAGUACAAGAUUUUUGAGCUUCUCAAAAUCCACCCUUUUAAGAAAAACAUGCGCACCUCUCCAAAUGUGAUCAUCACCGGCACCCCCGGCGUGGGGAAGACUGUCCACUGCGAGCAACUCGCGCAAGAGAUCGGCUUGAAGCACUUGUCCAUUAACCAGGUCGCAAAGGACCGUGGAUGCUUCGAUGAAUAUGACGAGGAAUUGAAGACAUGGGUGGUCGAUGAGGAUAAGCUCCUCGAUGCCCUUGAAGACGAAAUUCCUAAGGGUGGCUACUUAAUCGACUGGCACGCCUGCGACCUUUUUCCCAAGUCCUGGAUCGACCUCGUCGUUGUCCUCCGUUGCCCCACAACAAAUAUUCUAUAUGAUCGCCUUUCUUCGCGGGGCUACCACGAGAAAAAGCUAGAAGAGAACGUUGACGCAGAAAUCUUUGGCGUCCUGUCGGACGAAGCGCGAGAGGCAUUCGACGAAGAGAUCGUGGUAGAGCUGAACAGCGAACAGGACGCAGAUGUGGACUCGAACUGCCAGCGGAUCGCGCAAUGGGUCGAUUCGUGGAAGAAAUCACACGCCGAAAAUGCGGAUUGA